AUGUUCAAUAGAAAAAGAAGAGGAGACUUCGAUGAAGACGAAAACUACCGUGAUUUUAGGCCUCGCAUGCCUAAAAGACAGAGAAUCCCACCUGUUGUUCAAUUAUGUAAAGAAAUGAUGCCCGAUAUUCGCACUAUUGGUGAAUCUGUCAAGGCCUUUGAAGACGAUAUCAAAUUCUUGAGUGAAGCUAUAAUGAACGAGUACGGUCAUGAGGACUACUUUAAUGAUGCUUUAUUGAGCACUUUUAAUGCUGUUGUUGUGGAGCAACCACAGAAACAAGCUGCUAUUGCUCUCUUAACCAUGGUUGUUAAUUCAAAAAAUAAUGUUGCCGGGAAGAGUAUUAUCAAUUUCUUUUUCGAAGAAUUACAGAAAUGGUGUAAGCAGACAUAUAACGAAGAAUUCAAGAUUACUUCGAAUGAAACCGGGCCAUGGAAUAAGAUCAAGUUGAUCUUAAGAUUUUUAUCCAUCCUGUCGCCAAUGUUUUUAGUCGAUGAACUAACCAAUAUCUACAAAAAAUUAUUUGAGUUGAGUAUCGAAUUAAACAACCUAGAUCCAAAUAACAGGGUUCCGCUAUCUGAAGCAAUUUACACCAAUACGAUACUAAAUAUCCCAUAUUUGUUCUUUUUUAAUAGGAACAAUGACGGUUUGAGAACAAAAGUAGAAGAGUUACUUGCAUACGUUGAGCAACACUAUCUAGUUAAAACAACAGACAUAAAUCUAUUAAGGGAAUACAAUGGUGAAUCUCCAUAUGAAAUGGUAGAGCUUGUCCAAGUCGCAUUACCAAACGUCAAGAAGGCCCUUAUCAACAACAUGGAGCAACUUAAUGAAUUGUUCCCUGAUUGGAACCAUUUGUUAACUCCCCAAACUGGUGAUGAAGGAUUCAAUGACGCUUUGACCCUUCCAUCAGUAGAAGAGUUGAAAACUUUCGUACGUUUGAGUAAAGGCUUCGGUUCCGUCGAUAGCAUGUGGAAGACACCAAGGUAUGCUUUCCAUGUUUACUUACCAAAUUCUGCUGGUAAUUUCGAAACCGUCGUACCAAUCAACACUUAUGCUGGUCAACUAUUCAACGAUAUCAUAAUCGAUCUAGUGGAAAGUUUAGAAUUCAAUAGAAAGGAAGUGGCCAGACAAGUGAUAACCUUAGAUCUUUUUUUCAAAGCCGGUAUAUUUACAGAACCAGGCGAAUCUAUUGCCCAAUUAAUCGCCACUUAUGAAGAAAACCCAUUGGCUUCUACGUUCAAGAUAGAAGAUUUGGCUAUUGAAACUAUCUUGGGACUUAUCUUUAAAUUACCUAGCGUUUCCCAGCCUUUUGCAUACUUUUACACUUUGUUGGUGGAUAUUUGCCAAAAUUCUCCAAAAGCAAUUGCUCCUGUCUUCGGUAGGGCAUUUAGGUUUUUUUACAAUCAUUUGGAUUCGUUGGAUUUUGAACUAAAAUUGAGAUAUUUGGACUGGUUUUCUAUUCAAAUGAGUAACUUUAACUUUUCUUGGAAGUGGAAUGAAUGGGAAGACGAUUCAAUUAAAUUUGGCAGGUAUUUUUAUAACCCGAAGGUAAAUUUUGCCAAGAAUUUGAUUCAAAAAGAGCUACGGUUGACUUCGAAUUUUUCAGAAGUGGAGGACAGCUUACCGCAAGAAUUCACGAAGUAUUUGGAUACUUCUUAUAUCCCAAAAGAUCAAUUGAUUAACUACUACCAAUCAUUAUUCACUGGUUACUCGGUUGAAGAAGAUUCCAUUAGAAAAAAUGAUUUAUAUUUUAGACAAGAAGGUGUGCCCAUGGAAAACAUAGUUCGUAAAAUCUUAGAUUAUACCCACAAAGCAAACAAUUCUAGGGAAGUCACUGAAUUAGAAAGCAUUUUAGAUGAGUUAAAAAACGAGCAUGGUUCUAUAAUUUCGGAUUUUAACAGAUUUGUCAUCAUACUGUUAGUUCAAGCUGUUGCAGACUCCGGUAGUAGAUCUCUAUCGCAUGCUAAUAAAUAUAUCAAUGAUUUGAAAGAAGAUCUCAAAACCAUACUUGCAAAGAUUGAAUUGAGUGUCGAGGCAAAAGAGUACAUUAUAAUCGAAGCCGUCCUAACAUUCUGGAAUGCCAACCCUCAGACAGGUUUCUUGGUAGCAGAUGCCUUCAAAUAUGCAGGUUUGAUUACCUCUAGAACCAUUUUUACGUUUAUAUUUAACGAAACUGGUUUGAAGAAUAAUGGUUUGAUUGAAGCCACAGCCAUUGAAGCUGUCUUUAGAAAUUUAUCUCAACAAAUCUCAGAAGAGAACGAAAGUGGAAAUAAUUUUGAGUUCGUUUUCGAAAGAUUGUGUACCAUUGCCAACAACACUAUAGACUUACUGGAUGUCAAUCCUGAUGAAGAUAUUGAAAUACCAAAAGUAAACGGUGAAAUGGACAUUGACGAUAUUGAAGGUGAUAACCUGGAUUUGAGAUGGAAAUAUUUUACAGUGAUUGGGUUUAUUAAAAGUAUAUUAAGAAGAUAUUCCUACGAAUAUCGUGAGUUAGCAGACAAAUUCAUUGCCGGUAUUGAUAGCGCUAUUCCACAUGAGUCAACAAGGAGAAUAAUUUUGAAUUGGAUCCAGGAAACGAAGGAAAUUUGA